AUGGAAGGUUUCCCAGGCCUGCAACUUCUGUUGAUGCUCGUAGGUCUUUUUGCUUCCUGUACAUCUUACUUAUUCCCAAGUCCUUCUACUGCAAGUUUGCAAAACACAGGAAAGAGCCCAAAAGAGGUGGUACUAACUCAAGGAACCUCCCUCAGAAUAAAAGCUUUCUGCGCCUAUCAAUAUUUGCAAGGACAGCCCGUUUGGUGCAAAGAAAAACAACAAAAUGAAUUAGGAUGGCAAUAUAUGACUUCUAAAGCAAAACAAAAGAUCGUGCUUGAAGGUGUAGUGAAUGGUUGCAUUUCUUUACUCAUGAAGAAUCUCCAAAUUGAAGAUUCAGGGAGAUACUGGUUUGGAAUUCUAAGCGGUAUGAAGAUGGUUUCCAUAAACUCAAUCAAAGUGGUAGUUCAUUAUGUUGAACACGUUCAUUUCUUGCCUAAUAAAACUGCCCCACCUCCAACAAUGAGGAUGCCGUUUACUUCCACCAUAUCAGGAAUGACGAUGCAAGAGGUGAUCAAGGUACAAGGAGAAUCUCUCAGUGUCAAGGCUUUUUGUUCCCAGCAACAUGCGCAAGCAGAGAGAGUUUGGUGCAAAGAGGAACUGCCAGAAGAAUGCAGUCUUGAAAAGCUCAUAAGCUUCUCCGGAUCAAGAUGGAAAGGUCUCACUACACAACCAGAUCAACGUAUCAUUGUAAAUGAUUUGGGAGACGGAUGUAUUUAUGUCUUCAUGUCAGCUCUCCAAUCAGAAGAUACAGGGAUAUAUUGGUUUGGGGUUCUUGAUGGCCCCAAUAUAAUCCCUUUAAGAAACAUCAGGGUGAUUGUUCAAAAAGAUCAGCAAAAGGAGGAUAUCGGGACUGCAUCCAGUGAAGAUGAACAAAGGUAUCAACCAUUUAAAUUGCAGUUUGAAAAGAUUAAUCAAGAGAUGGUGCAUGCUGUGGGAUCUAUUUACUUAUUCACUUUGAGACACUACUGUGAUUAUUGCAGGGUUAACCAAGUUGUCUGGGUUCUGGUUUUCAUUGCUGUUGGUGUAACAAUUUUGUCUGCCUUCACAUUAGUUGUCGUGGUGCUCACCAAGAGAAAGAGGAGAGUGGCAGAUGACCAGAUUUUUGAUGAUAACCCAAACUGUAGAAUAAUAAACUUACAGAUUCAUGAAAGCAACACUGCCCAAAGUUUGCACGAAGGAAUGAACACAAUAUAUUCCGCAGUGAAGCUGCCCAGAAUAAGCAGAGAUGUCAACAGAACAUUUCCAUUAAGAUCAAAUGUCAACAGAACAUUCCCCUGA